CCAUGUGCAAAGUCAACUAUGAAGAGAAAACGUGAAGAAGUUGGCAAUUUGUCGAAAAAAUMUGAUUCAUAUGCAAAGAAAUUUAAAGGAAAACCCCGAAAAGAAAAAGUUGUUCAGCCACAUUUACCAAAAUCGGCAGGAGAGCUAUCAUCAAACUGGUUGGCUUUGAAACAGGUUUUUACGAAAGAAAAGAAUCAAGGGAAAAAGGAAAACAGUUYGUCRAAACAUAAGUUGAAGCGAAAAGGAUUAUCUGACAAGACAGCAGGCCCACUAUCGACUGCCCUAGAUAGUUCAAAGAUACUUAAAGAUGAAAUCUGGUUUGAUGAUGUUGAUGCUGAAGAGAUUGAGARAGCAAGAGGUGGAAAGACUUCUACUGUUUCCAGGGAUGCAGCAAGAACAACUAUCAGUGRUGUAGAUGAUUUAUCAUUAGGAGGAUUUACAGGUUUGACAAAGAGGGUUGCUAUUGAUUGUGAGUUUGUUGGUGUGGGCUGGAAUGGAAAAAGGAACAUGCUUGCAAGAGUAUCAAUUGUUAAUUCACAUGGUUGUAAGGUCUUUGAURAGUAUGCUGCUCCACAAGAGGCAGUAACUGACUAUAGAACUACUGUUAGUGGAAUUAGAGCAUCGGAUCUCAAGCAUGGUACAGACUUCAAGACUAUACAAAAAGAAGUAGCGGAUAUACUAAAAGGACGUAUUCUUAUUGGACAUGCUGUCAAAAAUGAUUUAAAAGUUCUACUUCUUGAUCAUCCCAAAAAGGACACAAGAGACACAGCAAAGUACAAACCUUUUCAAAAAAUAGUAAAGAGCAAGAAUCCAUCCCUUAAAAAGCUGUGUCAUGAAAUAUUGCACACAAAUAUUCAAKACGGAGAGCAUUGCUCAGUCCAAGACGCACAAGCAGCUAUGAGGCUUUACAUUCUUCACAAACGACAAUGGGAGAAAAAAAUAAAAGAAGGUAAAUUCAGAAGAAAAUCUGACAACACUAAAGAAGAUGAAGGCAGCUAGUAACGUCUUGUCUACAUGGUCACGUAUAAUAGACUGUUCACACAAAGCCAUUAAUAACACCGUACAAAGCAAAGCCGAGUCUUAUGGACGCCSCUGACUUUGUCCUACAAACAACUUAUCAAACGAGAAAAGAUAUCGCAAGUUUUACAGGCGUUCUCAUUUUGCCACACCUCAUUCAGAAAAUUCGAGGAAAUACUGAUUUUGUCGCGGUCAGCUUCUUUUUUUGCAUCGCGCGGCUGCAAUGCCAGAGCUGCAACAUUUACUUAAUAAAUGUGAUCAUUCUUGUGGUGAGA